AUGCGACGAUCAAUUUUUCAACUUCCCGAAGACAUAACGGGUCAACAAGGUUUAACUAAUAGUGUCUCAAGUGAAUCAACUCUUAUGGCCCCAGUUCUCGGGCAAACACAAUUUUUAAAUACGUCUGGGUUAAAUGACAAUAUGAUUGUUUCUAAACAGAAAGAAGUUGUAACGGUCGUUCAAAAUGUCAAAAGUGCAAUCAAUCAGUCCCGGUCGACGUGCAAUGAAUUAUUGCAAGUGCUUCCUCACGGGUUAAGAUUCGACCAAGGACCUCGAGAUCAGAUCCUUUCAACACUAGACAGUCUGGAAGAAUAUCUUGAGAAGGACGACAUUGGAGAAGCGACCGACAACCAAGAUUCUAACGAACAUGGUACCACAAGUUCACCGGAUUGUCAAUAUCCUUGUCAGAACUCAAACGACAAUCUCGAACCGACACAAAUUUUCACGGAAAAUCAUGAUACGCCUGCCGAAAAGAAUGCAAUAUCCAAGAUGACACAUGAGGAUAGCUUUGGCAACAGUUUCACUGAAAUGAUGGAUUCUAGACAAAGCGCGAAAGAUAUCGGAAAUAUUCAGAAUAAGAAAAAGAAAGGCGAUAAAACUAUCCACCUAAAUAAGGAUUCAGGUGGAGCGGCGAAAAAACACGUUCAGCAUUCAGGUCGUCGAUAUAAUACUAGAAGUGCAGAUGGUACUCGAAGACCAAAGAUCAUGUUUGAUGGUUUCGUCACAGAACUACCUGAAAAACGAAAACUCAUAGUCGAAUUUGAACAGAGGAAAUGCGAAAAAUGGGAUAAAUCGAACAAAACGGUUUCUGGGAAGGUAGACGGUUUUCACUUCAAACAAAAUUAUGGAGAUGAGACACCUCAGACAUCGGGUGAAGUCAAUAUGCUUGCCACGAUUGAAGAAACCGAACAGCCUGUGAAAUUACCAACAAUUCCUAAAGGCUCAUUCGGAUAUUUCUUCGAAGACUUUUACAAGGAAUACAAAGUAAAAAAACCGGAUCAUCCUCUCAAUCAAGUGAUGAAAUAUGCGGGGUUGGAAUGGCGUGGAAUGUCGGAGGAUGAAAAGAAGAAAUAUCGAGAUCGACAAAAUGCAGCGAGAAUUCGGUACCGAAAUGAAAUGAAAGUUUUCAAUACGAAAUAUCUUAAAACAAACGAUAAUGAUCUGAAGAAAAGGUUUAGAAGAAACAAGGACAAAUUACCAAAAAAGUCGUUAAAAACAAAAGGAAAGUUACCAACAAGUUUAAUCAAAGUGGCGGAACGAUUAGUCGAGACCCUCAAUAAAGUGAACGGAAAUACAUCCAAAAUGUUUACCGCUCGUCCAGGAGAUCAAUUGGUAACGAAUAGUCAACCAUCUUAUGAAACUCCGGGUUCAAGCACUUUUAACAAGAACGCAUCAGAAAAUCGUAUGCAAUGCGGAAAACCUGGGCCAAGUGCAUUAUCACAAACGAAUGAUAAUGCGAUGACAGAAUCAGGAUCGUGUUCCGUCGAGAUGAAAGCCGAAACGAGCUUACCUACGGUCAGCGUCAUUGAUUCUAUUUUUAAGCACACUGACGGAGGAAACGAAUCGACACAAUCAUCAUUCUUCAUGUAUCCUGGCCGCAAAAUGAUAUCACAAAUAAAGAAUGCAAAGAGGUAUGAUUCGUCCGAACAAAAUUUUGAAAAUCCCGGAGUAGUUCAUAAAAGAAAACGUACCAUCCACUAA